AUGUCAAACUUUCUCGUUACUGGCAGUUCCCGCGGGCUAGGAUUAGAGUUAGUGAGGCAGUUAGCUGCCCGCGCCAGCCUCGAAGGAGGACUAGUUAUCGCAACGGCGCGGAAAUGCAGCCCAGAACUCAUGCAAUUGAUCACGCAUUCUGAUGGAUGCGUCGUGUUCGUGGCUUUGGAUAUUUCUGACGAGUCAAGAAUUGCCGAAUCGGCUGAGGAAGUCAGAUCAGCCUUGAACCAGCAAAGCCUAGACAUGUUGAUCAAUUGCGCUGGUGUCCAUAGUGAGACGCAUGGCAAAUUAGCGCUAAUCCUACAAGAUCAGCAAAGCAGCACUGAACGCUUUAACCGUCCAGUAUGCGCUUGGCUCCAAAGCGACAUGGGUGGUAAAAAUGCCGACCUGACCGUGCCACAGGGUGCUGAAGCAGUCUUGAGCAUUUCCCUGUCCGCCGAACGUACGGACAAUGGUCGGUUCAAGAAUAUCAGCGUCCCAGGGUGGGAGGCUUAUGAUGGCCAGGAUAUGCCGGUGUGGAAUGCCAACGCCGGCGGCGCGGACGGCCACCCAAGAAGAGAAGCCUCCAAAGGACUCUCUGAAUAUGAAGUAGCUAAUAAAUACUGGCAGCGCUCUAGGCCCUCAAGAAAAUAUAAGCACAGCCAGCUUGACAAUCAAGUUUCAGACUCAAGGGAGCGAUCCCCGACCACAACUGCGCAAUCGACACCCAGCGUCGAGGGCCCCAACUAUCAUGCAAUCCAAGCAAAGAACAUAAUCCAAUUGGAACUAAAUGAUUCAAGACAUAUCAAUCGUGGCAGGCAGUCCAUUCUUCGCUCUGCCCUUCAACUGGUAAACAGAAUUGCCGAGAGUGAGCCUCAGCAUCCCGACGAAAUCAUAGAAGAGCCUCAGCCUAGCGAUCCUGCUCUCACGAUUCCGGAUGCACCGCCUCGAGAGCUUUUGUUUAUGCUUCUGAAAGGGCCGCCGGAAUCCAUAUGCAUACAGUGGCCGGAUCACAUCUCGCGCAAGACUUAUGAAAAGAUGGCUACGGCCUUGUUGGAGCAUGAGUCUCGACUCCAAGGUCAAUUGUUUCAUCAAUACUGCAUAUGUAUAUAUGUGAAAGCAAUAUUCCAUUUAUAUCAGGCUUCACGAACUGUGGACAACCCGCUUCUCAAAUCCCAGUUGUCCCAGUCUAGGUCCAUCUACAUCACAGCGACAAUUCGAAGCAUUGAGAAACUGAGCAUACUCAAACGGCCAGAUCUCUCCAUCAUACAAGCUCUACUAUCAAGUGCAUUACUUAUGCAGCACCUGGGGAGACUAAAUCAGUGUUGGAUCCUUACCUCUUAUGCUGCCCGACAGAUCGCAUCCCUCAACUACCACAAGAUCCGCAGGAUACCAGCGCACUCAGACUUGGAAUUAGAGGUAUACAGUGUUGUUUACUGGUGCUACUAUCUUGAUCGAACUCUGAGUUCGCUUCUUGGCUGGCCCCCUUCAUUGCCUGAUCUCGAGGUCUCCCCGACAGAUCUAAUUGUGCUAGACCCAUGCUCGCCAUACGAUACCCUUCUGCAUGUCUUACUUGAUCUCGCACAGGUCCAGGGAAAGUUACACGGAAUAUCUUCCUGCGCGAAGAAUGUGUCGAAUAGCCAGGCUUUGGAGACUUGCCAGCUACUUGAAUCAAGGAUGCAGAGCAUCCUUCGAGAAAUGCCGUCGAGCCGUGACUCCCUCCCAAAAAUGGUACAAUAUGAAUGGGUUGCGGUCGACUUCUGCUACUACGCGAUUUUCGUCGAGAUCGACCGAACAUGCUUAAAAAGCUCGUUUAGCCCAGCCAUACACAGAGAAUGUCUCGUACAUGCCCGAAAGUCGCUUGAAGCAUUUCACUUUCUCCAGCAGCAUCCGGAAGAAAUGCCGGGGUUUGAAGAGCCAUAUCCAUCAUUUCUGACAUGCGCCUUCUUUGUGGUCAUCUGCAAUAUUAUCGGAACUUUGGAUCAUGGCGAUUUUGAACUGCUUCAACAAAUAACUCAAAGUUUGUCACAGUUCAGGCAAGAUCCACAUCUUGGGAAACUCUUGAACCUCCUCCAGUCGCUAGAAGAUCUGUGCGAGCCGCUGUUCCAAGGGGGAAAUUCUGGCCCAGAGAAUAUGUCGUCAAACCUUGGAACGUCCGGCCCGAAUCAACUAAUCGAACCUGUCACUAUGGAUGGAAUUCUUCCGAGCGCCUCCUUCAAUAACAAUUUUGGGCUAAGUGAUGAACCGAUACCAAACCCGGACUUGGACGCCUCAGCCGACUGGCUGAUGUGGCAGCUCUUCAAUAGCCAGAUUCCAGCGGGUUGGCUUAGCACUGGCGAUGACCCUUUCGAAAUAUGA